CUGCAAGGAAUGGAUGCCAUGUGUUUCUUGAAAGCUGCCUGAUUGCUGAUGAUGUAGAACAGAAGUAACACCAUUAUGGGCCGGCCUUACCGUUACGGCACCAAUUAUCGCCUCAUCAGGGGAAGGUAGCAUCAAGAGGAAGACCCAGAGUGAACAGCCUCUACAGUGAUUCAAUCUUCAAAGCCCACAGCAUCAUUGGGAGAGUAGGGUGACGAGGUGCACCAAGUUAAAUAUAGAAGCUAACCAACAUAGCUCUGAACCAGCCAGAACGCAAAAAAGAGAAAGGGUCUAACAAGAUGAAAACGAUUUCUUCGCGACACUGCCGCCAACCUCUCAACCAGUUGUGUUGCCAUGUCUAAUCUUGUCAGAUCAACAAAGGGAAGUACAUGGGAAAACCAGUUGCCAACUCCCGCCAUAGUUAUUGGUGACUGAGUAAGUUUUUUCGAAACUCGUGCUUGAUGAAGUAACCAAACAACUACUGUUCCCGGUUUACGCUCUCUGUCACUCCUGUUGCGCCGGGAUGCAGUCCUCGCAGAAGGCUGGGCGAUGUCGACAGACGGCGCACUCCACCUCAGAGUCGAGAUUGAUAAUACUAUCGACGUCGUCAUUGGCCUUGCACAAACAGCAGUAGACGAUAUUGCAUUGUUCGAUGCGAACAGGAGGCAUGUAGUAGUCGGCCCUGCGAGGUUUCAGUAACGGCGUUUGAGAUUGCACCAUGAUAUCUCACAUUUUGACAAGGAAAUCCAGAGUUGAGAAUUGAAUGGUUUCUGUGGAGAAGCUGGGGCGAGAGGCACCUUCAUCUGUCACUCCUUCCGUGGUAGACGCAAUAUCGACACCUCCGGUGGGGGUCAAAUCUGUUACAUUUCCUCUCCCGGGCGGGAGGUCAGCAGUGACGAUAACAUCACUCUAUGGGCGGUGUGACCCGCUGGACCACAGAGGCUUAGAUACUGGUGCCCCUCUGGUACGAUACGGCGCUGCCAUUCGCCUCAAAAAACCGAGCCCUAAGUGCUAG